AUGCCACUUGAACUUAGAAGCUAUGGAUUUCUUUCUGGGCUAUUGAAAACAUCGAUCCCCCACGCCAUUAUCCGGUCACUGACCACGUCUAGUCGAGUGAGAGUCCAUGGCACCAUCAUUCCUGGUGACGUGGAGGAAUUCUACAGGUAUUCCGCCCAGAAAUGGCUGUGGAAUGAGCCGGCGCAACUGCUACGCAGAUACCUCCAAUUCGAUAUGGACGCCUUUAUCCAUGUUGCUGAAGAAGCUGCAGGAGACGGGUCAGUCUGUGGGGAUGUAACAAAACUGCCAGAAGGAAAUUCCAAUAAAGUUUUUCUUGUCACAAUGCAAGAUGGGAGACAACUGAUAGUCAAACUUCCAAAUCCCAAUGCUGGGCCCGUCCAUUACACCACGGCAUCUGAAGUUGCAACCAUGCAAUUUGUGAGAAAUCCAUCUGCCUUUGCUGGAUACCUUCUUUCUAGUGAAAUAAAAGUUACAGGCAUACUGAUUAUAUUCAAGGUCCGAGAGAAGCUUCAUAUCCCCGCCCCGAAAGUCCUUAGACAUUGCUCUAGGGCUAGCGAAAGCAAGCUCGGGGUGGAAUACAUUGUGAUGGAGAAAGCUCCUGGUGUUGAACUCGGCCGAAUAUGGGAAGACCUCAAGAGUCGCGAUAAGCUUUCCAUCGUGAAACAGACUGCCGCUAUUACCUGCACACUCGCUCAAUCCCGGUUCCCAUACCAUGGUGCACUCUACAGAAAACAAGAUGUUAGCCAAUCUGAGAGCUUCGUCCUUGACGAUGAGUUUGCUAUUGGGCCCACGACUGGACCGGCAUGGUUCGAUAAUAGGAGAGCGGAGGUCGAAGUACAUCGAGGUCCAUGGAUCUCCGCAGAAAAUGUGAUGAAGUCACUGGUUCAGCGAGAAACAGCAUGUCUAGAGAAAUUCCCAACCUUCCCCCGAGACACUCAGCAAGGUAUAUUCGGCGGACCCAGCGGUUACCAUCCAACUAAGGAAGCGAAACUAUCGGUUCUACGCGAUUUCCUCAAGAUCUGUCCUCAUCUUCUCCCCAGGAAUGAGAAGCUAUGUGCCGGUGUGAUUUGGCACAACGACCUUCACAUGCAUAACAUAUUUGUCGACAGCGGAAACCCAUCUCAGAUUACGAGCAUCAUAGAUUGGCAAGGCACACCUAUCUAUCCUAUGUUUCUGGUUUGCCAUCAUCCCUCCUUGAUUGAGUAUGAGGGGCCGGAGUUAGACGGAUUUGCUCAGCCCGUUCUCCCUGACAAUAUCAGAACACCUGACCCCGAGGCUAAAAAGGCUGCAAAGGACUUAUUCCUUUCCCAAGAGACAUUGUCCGGCCAACUAAUGGGAACCAUUGGGUCCACAUACGAUGAUAGAGAACCAUAUGUACAAAGCUUACUUGCGGAUAUCACGGAAGACCAUGCCUGGAAGGAGCUGGUUGGAGAGGAUGAAAAUGGCAAUGCCGGCGUGCUAUGCCCUUUGAGCUAUUCAAAGCAAGAUAUGGCAAAGUUCAAGACAGAGUAUGCCAAGUGGGAAAAGGACGUUGAAAGGAAGACACGGGUACUUGAGGAGAUAGGGGUCUAUGUAGGCUGGAAUGGUGCAGCGUCUCCUAACGAUUACGACGAAGUGGUGAGGAGACUUGCCGUGGCAAAGCAGAAUUUCCUGGCUCGGGAAUCGGCAAACAACCAAGAGAGAGCGAUAUGGGAAAGUGUCUGGCCGUUUCAAGAUGCGUUCGAGGGCUUUUAG